UUGGGUCCCACAUCUGGCAAGAGGUCUGUGGGAUAGCUCAGUAGCAGGAAGGUCAUAAUCCUGUUCCUGCAAGGCUCCUUAGACUUACUUUCUUAUUUCCUCCUCACAUGUGCAAAUGUUUGACUGCAAAUUGCUGGUUCCUGGAUUGUUUCAUCACCCAUCCCUUUGCCUCCACUCACAGAAGACCUGGCGGAAAGUGUGGGUCCAGCUUUUUGCUGACAGUCCCUUUGGUGUUGCCCGGCUUGAGUACUUUGAAGCACGCGAUGGCGUUGCAGCAGAAAAAGCAACCCUGCGGAAGGGGGAACGUAAAGUGAUUCGCCUCUCAGACUGUGUCUCUGUGGAACGAGCUGAUGAUCAGAGCUCCCCCAAGGACACGGCACCUUUCUACCUGUGCAUGCUGGAACGCAACUGGUUGUUGGCAGCAGAUCAACCAAAUGAAUGGAUUGAAUGCAUCUGCCAACUAGCUUUUCAGAGAAGACCUGCCCAGCCUAGCCCAGUUGGAAACACUUCAAGCCCUCAACCCCUAAUGGAGGAGAAUGCCAUCUACUCAUCCUGGCAGGAAAUGUGUGUGUUUCCCGUGAACAUAUUCCCAACAGAGGCUUCUGCAAGGUGUCACUUGAAAGGGAACUACCUGAUGGUCCCUUUACCUGAGCAACUGGUCCUGAAGGACGUGCAGUCUGGACAAAUUCACUAUACCUGGCCUUACACCUUCCUCCGAAGAUUUGGCCAGGAAAAGACUGUCUUCUCUUUUGAGGCGGGGCGCCGCUGUGAUUCAGGAGAGGGCCUCUUCACUUUUAAUACUGCACAGGCUGCAGAAAUAUGCAGAGCUGUCUCAGCUGCAAUAGACCGUCAAAAGGCCAUCCUUAUGGAGAACAAGAAAGCUGGGAUUUCUCAAGCUCAAGACUGUAUGCAGAAAGUGGGGGCAUGGGCAUGGCCCACCGGCACAGAGAGUUUGGAGGAAGUGCAACCGCUCUAUGCUAGAACCCCAAAGGGGGGCAUGGAAAAUAGCCUCUCUAGUGAAAACCACUCUGUUUCCCCAGAGCUUGGGUCUCCUGAAGCACCCAUCAUCUAUGCUUCCAUUGGCAAGAGCUUACCUCUCAUGUUUCAGCCUUGGGGCACGACAGAGACAGAAUCCCCAGAGCAAGGAGCACAGCUCUCUGACCAUCUCUACGAGAACCUGCAUGAUCUGGAACAGCGGGCCUCUGGUUCAGAAUGUGUUGGCUAUAGCUACAGAGACUCUCCCAAGGGCAGCAGCAACAACGACCAACUGUCCAUUUAUGAUAACAACCCUGCAACAGUCAAGCGCUUGAGCAGCCAUCCUAGCUCAAGUGCAAGGGCUGACUCCUCUCUGGACAGACUGUGUCCAUCUCACCUGCUAGAUGGCCAGGAGACUGCAAGUGGAGGUGAAGGGAAUGGAAGGCCCAAGGCAAAAGGAGCUGGUGCGUUCAAGCACAAGCUGGUUACCAUGCUUAGUAGAGAAGGAGGUGGUGGUAAAAGCAAGAACUCUAGUCCCAUGGACAAGCCAUAAUAAACUCCUCCAGCUGAGGAGGAGUUCUGAUUCUUCUGAUCUGCGUAUCUUUUUUUUUCUUUGUCUUGUCUCAUAUCCGUAACAUCCAGACAGGGAUAAACUAUGUACCCUGAUGGGUUGGAUGGGGAUAAAGCCCUCCAGACCUAUUCCGUUCCUUGAAGGCUAAGUGGAAUA